AUGACCUUGAUCAAGUUCCACGCUGCCCGCAUUCAUGCCACAAGGAGGUUUUCUUCCUUGUUGCAGAAGGAUGUCAAUGCGUUGAAAUUGGGCGACUUGCACAGGGUCGCCAACCCUCAGGACGAACAAGGCCGACUAGACCUCAUCCGAGCAUUAACGGCCUCAUCCAACCCAGACAAGACCAAACUAUACCAGGAGCUCGUGCCCGGGUUCUCCGACUAUUUCAAGCUUAAAGACCUAGCCACGUUCGAUGCUGAGCUUUUGCGGCAGUUCAUUGAGAUCAACCCUCGUCGCGUGAUGUCUACGUUGGACUUGGUGGAGAAACACGGAAAUGGAAUCAUGAAUGAGCCAUUGGUGCUGAGCGUCAUGAACCAGUUGGUGGAAGAAUUCGUCAACGAGGAGGCAAAUCUAGCUAGCUUGCAAGACUUGUUUCAUUUUGCGGCGAAACAUAACGAGGGAGACUUGGGACAUGAGGCAUUGGAGCAGUUGCUUGCGCUGUUGAUUGAAAGAAAUGACCUUGAGCUGAUUCAACUGUUAUUUGGCGAAACGGGUGCCGAUAAAGAUGCGUGCUUCCAAGCUGCUAUUCAACAUUUGCCGAACCCAACGGCGCAGAUUAUGUUUGUUGACUUGUUCAAGGACCAGUUCCUGCAAAAGCCAGAGGAAAUCCCAGCGUGGGUAUACGAAAUAGCGUUGGUCAUCAUGAACUGCCGCAUUCUGGAUCUCCAAAAGACGUUUGGCCUGAAGCUUGAUUCUAAAUAUGCCGAAUAUGCCGCGUUGAGUGACUCGGUCUUGCACUUUAUCAACACGACGAAAUUAGACCUCGAGCCCGCGAAUUUGAAUUUGCGGACACUAGUGUUGGAAAUCCACGGAAUCGCCAGGGGGGACAUGGACACUACUUUGAAGAAAUAUUCGGAAUACGACGCGUUUGCCCCUUUGGGAAUCGACAGAGUCAAGACCACCAUGGUCAAAGUCUUUACCCACCAAGGAAUCAAGGAAAACCAAGAGAUUUACCUCUCCAUGGCCGAAGCCAUCCAGCCUCCGCAAACGACAAUAACCGUGUUGGGCUUGCUCGUGAUUUUGAAAUCGAGUUUCAACUUAGACGCCGGCCUACGUUUGUAUAAUGAGUACAUCAACGAUGUCUCCGACAAGGUCAACGACAAUAGAUCCGCAAAGGGGUUUCUCACGGAAGCGAUUGUGUUGUCCUUCUUGAUGAACAACGACCGAGAGUUUGCGUUUCUCAUCUUCAACAAGGCAGUGGAAAACAGAGUAAUCCACGACGAGCUUGACGUUGCACGGAUAAAGAAAUGGCUCAAAGUCUACAGCGAUAGCUUUCUCGAUAACGAGACGUGGCUGGGGGGCGCGGAGGUGGAGAUGAAGCUGCAAGCUUUGCACUUUGUUGCCUCGAUGGCGUCUCCCACGUUGACGCAGUUGGUCCCUGAAAACACGGCAGAUCUUUUGUAA